AUGAAAGUACUAGAAGCUUUUUAUUUUAAUACGGUCAUAGCGGAAAAAUUGAAUUUUCUAAGAAAUUCAUCUUUUGAAGUUUCUUUAAUCCAGACAACAAAACAAACAGUGACACAAGAUUCAACGUCUCGAAAAGGUACACCAUGGAUAGAAAGUUCUUGCAGUUCUGAUACAAUGCAACGUCUAUUAGAAUGGAAUCAUCCUGAUUUACAACCCUAUUGUGAAGCUUGUCAAUUACCAUUAACGGUACCAGAAAAUGCUGAUCUACAUUUUUCAAAGAACAAUGACGACCAUUUUAUCAAGAAUAUUACUAGAAAAAAAAUUUCUGAAAAGCGUUGUGGUCCAUUUAAUUGUACAAUUUGUUGUGAAGAGUUUCCAACGGAAGAGACAUGUAUAGCACAUUUUUCAACUAAAACACAUGCAAAAACAAUAAACGAUAAACAGUAUUUGGAUAAACUCAUCUCUAUUUAUCGAGCAUUUGUUAAUUUAAAGAAUCUCCGAUCACGUCAGCAAGAACAAGAACAGGAAGAAGGCUGUUUGCUAAUAGAUCUCAGAAUACCAUCUAUGAACGUCAAAAAUUCUUCCACUACAAAAGUAACGCAAGAAGAACAACAAACUACAAAACUAAUUACUCAAACAGAUGUAAAGAGCGAUUCUGGUAGUACGGCGUACGACGAAGACUUCGUAAGUAAAACUGAUAGUUUAACUAUUAAAGAUUCGGCAACAACAAAUAAAGACCAAAGAUAUAAUAUUAAUCCACCGAAUUUAAAGAAAUCAUUAAAUACAAGUUUAAAGAAAAAAUCAUCAACAGAUUUGUUUAAAAGCGAAGAUUUGUGUCAAUCAUUAGGAAAUGUUGAUAAAACAGAUUUGAUUGAAUAG